AUGGGUGUAGACUUAUCGUUCAUGGCACGCGCUACUCGUCUGCAAAAUCAAAACACCAACCCCAUUCUCUACUACCCCUGUAUGACGCCACGAAAUACAAAGCAUGAAGUACAACAUCCGUCAAGCAAUGCCAAUAUGAAAUCUGAUGAUACAGAGUCUAUAAAGCCACUCAAAAGGCCGAAGAAACAAUCUUACUUCUUCAAACCUGUCAACAAACUAACAUCAGAGCCAGAAGAUUGUGGUCAAGUGAUAAAGCCAAUCGAUACAAAUACUCUAAGAUCUCUGGUUCAACCAGUCAGAGAAGCCAACAGUCACAUCAUACCACAGCAUAGUCCCAAACGUAAAGUUAAAAAGCACAUUGAGGUUCAAGUCGCCACGGACAAUUCCGAUGAUAGUUUUGAUGGUGUUCGUUGGAGAGAUAGUCCUGAUUCAAAACAGCACCAGCACGAUGAGAAUAAGUUAAACACUUUAAAGCAAGGAAUACAGUAUUCGUCCUCCCCUUUGAAAAACAUCAAGCAAGUAAAGUCAGAAUCGGGCAGUACAACUGAAGUGCUAUCGAAAUAUGGGGCAGAUUUUUAUAAUGUCUCAUCAAUCUCACCAAAGUUGUCCAAGACGCGAUCGGACUUGAGCAAUAAGGCCAGCAAGUUCAAAACUGAGUCUACAUUACAAAGAACAAAAUCCACCGGUGUUGAAAGUGUCCAAAAACUCCUGUCAUCGGGAUUGGUACAAGGAACUUUGAGUGGCUGGAUCAGUAAGCUAAAUAGUGAUGAUGCCAAGAAUGUGCCGCCCAAGGUUAUUAAUAUCAAGCUGUCACCUACAGGAAAGACGCACAAUGAAACACUACAGUCACAGGAUCCAUUUUCCGAAGAUGAAGAGAUAUUGGAGUUGUUGUCACAAAACAAAUCUCUUUUGAAGAAUAAGAGCUUGAAUCUUGACUCAUCGCCUUUCCGGAGCCAGAAACUCAUCAAAUCAGAAAAACUGAACUCGUCGCCAGAAGCCGAUGUAUCAGAGGACCCAUUUUCCGACGAAACCGAUCCUGAGAUUGUUAAUCUUUUAAAUGGAUGUGAUACAAAAGCUUCUGUUUUCACCAAAUCUUUCAAAGAAGGUAUGGAAAAGUUUGAAAAACUUUGGGUGCAAAAGGAUGACCGAGUCGAAAAAGAGGAAGAGUUUUCAGAAAUUGCGUAUGGCAGGUCGAUAUUGCGAAGAUUCAAAAUUGUCAACUUCACCGAGCAGGUUUAUGGCGCUAACAAUAAGAAGCAGAUUAUAUUGGAGGUCAUUAAUCCGGAAAAGCAAAAAAAGCACCUUGUACUUAGAGGAGAAUAUUGUGAACUCGAUUUUCUGGUUAACGACAUAAUUCACAUCAUAAACACAGACGAGGGGAAUCCAAACUUGAUUGAUGACACGCAUAAUUUACUUGUAUUGAAUCCUGAUAUUUUGGUUCCAGCUACAAAGAUUGCUCAGCAAGUGAAUUGCCCGAGGAAAACAGUUUUGGUGUCACGUUAUAGGUUUCCAGGAACCACAUCUGUUCCCAUUAUUGUUGGUGAAAUUGUACAUUUUAUCUUUCAGGAAUGCAUGGUGACAGAAACGUGGGAUCUUGAUUUUAUGCGAGAGGUUUUUGAUAAUCUCAAAGAGCAAUAUUUGCUAAAUUUGUACAGUAUUGACAAGGAUAUGGACGAUGUUGACCAAGAAGUGGAAAAGCAUUUUCCUUAUUUACAAGAGUGGUUCGAUAGUUACUAUAAAAAGACCGCAAACACGAGAUCAAAGAUUGAGGAUUGUCUGGAGCGAGAUCUCAUUUCGUUUGCUGUUGAGGAUAUUUUAGAUAUUGAAGAAGAGAUUCGGUCUCCCGUUUUUGGAUUGAAAGGUAUGAUAGAUGCAACCAUUAUUGCCAGUCUACAAAACAAAAGCACCAACGGGAAAUUUUUAUUGCCAAUGGAGAUCAAAACUGGUCGAGAACAUGUCAGUCAUAGCGCUCAAGCAUCUUUGUAUGCUCUUCUUUUCAAAGAUCGUUAUGAUAUGGAAAUCGAUUCGUUUAUCUUGGUGUAUACCAAGGAAGGGGUCACAAAAAGGUGCAAAAUACGUGUUUCUGAUUUGCGCUCGUUGUUGAACUUGAGGAACCGAGUUUCGCAGCAUUUUAAAUCCGGUAACACAUUACCUGAUCUUUUAAGACGUUCGAGUUGUGAAAGAUGCGAAGUCGUUUCUGGUUGCAUGACAAUAAACUACUUGUCCGAGAAUGGUUGUAAAGAAAAUUCUGGUAUCGAUGGGGACGAUUAUGAAUUGAUAACACAUCAUUUGGCAAAUCCCAGAUACAAGCAAUAUUUCAACACCUGGGAUACGUUGAUUUCGAAAGAAGAACGAGUCAUGAGCAAAUCUGCAAAAACUUUGUGGACUGUGCCGAGCCGGUUACGUGAAGAACAAGGUACAAGUUUAACCAAUUUGAAGAUUACUGAUUCCAAUGACGACGAAAGCCUGAUAUUCUACUUUGCCACUGUACAUGGGGAUAAAUCGCAAGCGAGGCAAUUUCUAUAUACGUUUGCCAAGGACGGCGCUGAUUCAUCUGUUAAUAUAUUGUCGUCCAAACUUACAAUCAAUGACAGGGUGUUGAUUAGUGAUGAGGAUGGCCAUUUUGCGAUUGCUACUGGGAUAAUAAAGGGGUUGUCUUCACAGAAAAUAACCAUAAGUACUCGCAGAAGAAUAGUCACAUAUGACAUGAAAUUGAACAAUUUUGAUCAAAAAAACAACCAAGUUAUGGAGAGUUUGAUCCAUGGACAGGCGAAAUCACGUACAUCCGGGAGCAAGAGGUUCAUUAUCGACAAGGAUGAGAUGUUUUACGGUAUGGCUUUAGCACGCUUUAACGUCUUGAGAUUAUUCUUGCCCGAUUCACUGGCGGAGCUUCGUGAUCUUGUCGUUGAUUUGAAAACUCCAAAAUUUACAGAGAGCAAGGAACAGUACCCAUUCGAUUCCGGCUUCAACCGUUGUCAAACAAUGGCUUUGAAUAAGGCUUUUGCCGCUGAAAAUUACGCACUUAUUCUUGGUAUGCCUGGAACUGGAAAAAGUACAAUUAUUGUGGAAAUGGUACGAAAGAUUGUUACUGAAGGGAAAACUGUUUUGCUCACGUCAUAUACAAAUUCAGCUGUUGAUAAUAUACUUUUGAAAAUAGUUGACAAAAUGGGUGGCGAUAACAAGGAUUUUCAGUUCUUGAGAAUUGGGCACCCUGCUCGAGUUCACAAAUCGCUUCACAAAUACAUCCCUGACUAUCAAGAACCUAUCAAGUCGCGGUCACAAUAUCGAGACACCUAUGAAUUGCCAAAUAUCGUGGCAACCACUUGCUUGGGAAUCUCCGAUUCUUGUUUCAACUUGAGGCAGGAAUUCGAUUACUGUAUUGUGGAUGAGGCUUCACAAAUUACAGUUCCAGUCAAUUUAGGGCCAAUAAGUCUCGCCAAGAAGUUUAUUUUAGUAGGAGACCAUUACCAGUUGCCUCCUUUGGUACUACAUCCUAGUUCGGAAGUAAAACAUGGACUCUCGCAAUCAUUGUUUAAAAUACUCGCUGAAGCGCAUUCACAGGCAGUGAGCGAAUUGACAGAGCAAUAUAGAAUGUGUGAAGACAUUAUGCAAGUUUCCAACAUCUUGGUUUACGAAAACAAAUUGAAAUGUGGAUCACCAGAAGUUGCCAGCCAAAGUAUGAGAAUCCCUCAUCCGCAAGCAAUUUCCAACUUCAUUCUGUCAGACGUACAGCAAAAAGAUCAAUGGAUGGAUCUCGUUUUUGACGAACAUCGAAAGGUGCUAUUUUUAGAUCACGAUUUGGUGCCUGCAAAUGAAAUAGUUUUUGGAGAAGCCAUACGUAACCCAAGAGAAGCAUCUUUGGUUCAACAAAUUGUCAAAUCGUUUGUCACAGCUGGUGUUGACGAGUCUCAGAUAGGUGUAAUGUCCUUUUAUCGCUCACAGCUUGAACUAUUGAAACGCAAUUUGUCAUCAAGAACAGACUUGGAAAUUCUCACAGCAGAUCAGUACCAGGGCAGGGACAAGCAAUGCAUUAUUAUCUCCUUAGUUCGAUCGAAUAAGGAAAACAAUGCUGGUGAUCUUUUGAAGGAGUGGCGACGAUUGAAUGUGGCAGUCACCAGAGCAAAAUCCAAAUUGGUAAUUCUUGGCUCACGUUCCACUUUAUCUACAAAUGAUACCACUAAAACAUUUAUUGACUUUUUGGAUCUGAAGGGUUGGUAUUACACUCUUCCUGCAAAUGCUGAUAUGAUUUACAAUUUACCACAAUCGGUGAAUAACUCACCCACAAAAAAUAAAUCGCACAAGGCACACGUUAGCAAAAGCAAUGUUGUUCUUAAAAAUAUUAUUGAUGGUAUUACUAAAUAG